CCAGCCCUGCAGGGCGAGCAGUCCUACUCUGGGUUCACCGGAGCUUAAGCCUUGCAGCAGAACUUCCUUCUCGCUCUUCUGGCUUUGAUCCUCACUGUACAUCAGAGCAGAGGCGCUGAAGGGAGGGAGGAUGCGAGAUGACUGGCCCUUUGGCAACCUGACCAUCUCCUUAGCAGAGCCUUGGAAAGACAGCCAGAGACUGACUGCAGCACCAAGGAGGCGCCGCACCUCUUGUGGAUGUGUGUCUGUGUGUGUGAGUGUGUGAGUGGGUGAAUGGGUGUGAGUGAGGGUGUGUGUGUGUGCAUUGUGACUGUGUGUGUGCGUGUCCAGAUGAGUGUGCGAGUGCAUGUGUGAGAGAGUGUGUGUGUGUGUGUGUGUGUGAGUGUGUGUGUGCUCUUGGUUUUUAUUUUUUUGAAGAAAAAUCUUGAAAAUCUGGGGCAGGUUACUGUGCUCCUAGGGUGGUGAUUCUUCUUUUGAAAGAGUAGCUGACCAGACCAAUCUACUAGAGACAUUUUUCGGCGAGUAAAGAUUAUUUUCCUUCCAGGAGAGGGAUUUUUUUUCCCCCUGGCUCUGCAGCCAAGUGAAAGAGAUUAGCCCCUAAACCUGUGAAAUCGACCAGAGCCGUGUGAGAGAGAAUACGGGAAGAAAAGGCGAUAUAAAUUAAAUAGCCUGUCAGUGCCUUUGGCCACGUUGGAAGAUGUCAUCUCAAACUAAGUUCAAGAAAGACAAAGAGAUCAUUGCUGAAUAUGAAGCCCAAAUAAAAGAGAUCCGCACGCAGCUGGUGGAGCAGUUCAAAUGCUUGGAGCAGCAGUCGGAGUCUAGGCUGCAGCUGCUACAGGACCUCCAGGAGUUUUUCCGCCGGAAAGCUGAGAUCGAGCUUGAGUACUCCCGCAGCCUGGAGAAGCUGGCUGAGCGGUUCUCCUCCAAGAUCCGCAGCUCCCGGGAGCACCAGUUUAAGAAGGACCAGUACCUCCUCUCACCCGUGAACUGCUGGUAUCUGGUCCUGCAUCAAACCAGGCGGGAGAGCCGAGACCAUGCCACCCUCAAUGACAUCUUCAUGAACAACGUCAUCGUCCGCCUCUCACAGAUCAGUGAGGAUGUCAUCAGACUCUUCAAAAAGAGCAAGGAGAUUGGCCUGCAGAUGCACGAGGAGCUCCUGAAGGUCACCAACGAGCUCUACACAGUCAUGAAAACCUACCACAUGUACCACGCGGAGAGCAUCAGUGCGGAGAGCAAGCUGAAGGAGGCUGAGAAGCAGGAGGAGAAGCAGUUCAACAAGGCGGGAGAGCUCAGCAUGAACCUGCUCCGGCACGACGACCGGCCCCAGCGCCGCAGCUCUGUGAAGAAGAUUGAGAAGAUGAAGGAGAAGAGGCAGGCAAAGUAUUCUGAGAACAAGCUGAAGUGCACGAAGGCCCGGAAUGACUACCUGCUGAAUCUGGCUGCCACCAACGCAGCUAUAAGCAAAUACUACAUCCAUGAUGUCUCCGACCUGAUCGAUUGCUGUGAUUUGGGCUUUCAUGCCAGCCUGGCCCGCACCUUCCGGACCUACCUCUCAGCCGAGUACAACCUGGAGACCUCUCGCCACGAGGGGCUGGAUGUUAUUGAGAAUGCGGUGGACAACCUGGAUUCCAGAAGUGACAAGCACACGGUCAUGGACAUGUACAACCAGGUCUUCUGUCCUCCACUCAAGUUUGAGUUCCAGCCGCACAUGGGGGAUGAGGUGUGCCAGGUCAGUGCACAGCAGCCCGUCCAGACAGAAUUACUCAUGCGGUACCACCAGCUGCAGUCCAGACUGGCCACUCUCAAGAUAGAGAAUGAAGAGGUGAGAAAAACCCUGGAUGCCACCAUGCAGACCUUACAAGACAUGCUGACCGUGGAGGACUUUGAUGUCUCUGACGCCUUCCAACACAGUCGGUCCACAGAGUCUGUAAAGUCGGCUGCCUCUGAAACCUACAUGAGCAAGAUCAACAUCGCCAAAAGGAGAGCCAACCAGCAGGAGACAGAAAUGUUUUAUUUUACAAAAUUUAAAGAAUAUGUGAAUGGCAGUAACCUCAUCACUAAGCUGCAGGCCAAGCACGACUUACUCAAGCAGACCCUGGGUGAAGGGGAAAGAGCAGACUGUGGCACAACCAGCAGAAGAGAUGGAAGGCUUAGGCUGCCCCACUUUCCUUGGCUGAGCUGCCCCCCUGCUCCCCACUUUGUGCCCCACCCAGCAUUUCAAGGAAGAAGAAAUGCUCGAACCAGGAACCAGGAUUCGGGACAAGCUAUCCCCUUGGUAGUUGAGAGCUGCAUCCGAUACAUCAAUUUAUACGGACUCCAGCAGCAAGGGAUCUUCCGAGUGCCAGGAUCUCAGGUUGAAGUCAAUGACAUCAAAAAUUCCUUUGAGAGAGGUGAAGACCCCCUUGUGGAUGAUCAAAAUGAACGAGAUAUCAAUUCCGUCGCUGGUGUUUUAAAACUGUAUUUCCGAGGACUGGAAAACCCACUCUUUCCUAAGGAAAGGUUUCAAGAUUUGAUAUCUACUAUUAAACUGGAGAGCCCAGCUGAGAGGGUGCACCAGAUCCAACAAAUCCUCAUCACCCUUCCCCGCGUGGUCAUCGUGGUCAUGAGAUAUCUCUUCGCUUUCCUCAACCACCUCUCGCAGUACAGUGACGAGAACAUGAUGGAUCCCUACAACCUGGCCAUCUGCUUCGGGCCCACCCUCAUGCACAUUCCUGAUGGGCAGGACCCUGUAUCCUGCCAGGCACACGUCAACGAAGUCAUCAAAACCAUCAUCAUCCAUCAUGAAGCCAUCUUUCCCAGCCCCCGGGAGCUAGAAGGACCCGUGUAUGAAAAAUGCAUGGCUGGAGGGGAAGAGUAUUGUGAUAGCCCACACAGUGAGCCAGGGACCAUUGAUGAAGUUGACCAUGACAAUGGCACUGAACCUCACACCAGUGAUGAAGAAGUGGAACAGAUUGAGGCCAUCGCCAAGUUUGACUACGUGGGGCGGUCCCCACGUGAGCUGUCCUUCAAGAAGGGGGCCUCGCUGCUAUUGUACCACCGUGCCUCGGAGGACUGGUGGGAAGGUCGUCACAAUGGCGUGGAUGGACUCAUCCCACAUCAGUACAUAGUCGUACAGGACAUGGAUGAUGCCUUCUCCGACAGCCUAAGCCAGAAGGCGGACAGUGAGGCCAGCAGUGGGCCACUGCUGGACGACAAGGCCUCCUCCAAAAACGACCUGCAGUCCCCCACGGACCACAUCUCGGAUUACGGCUUUGGGGGGGUGAUGGGCCGAGUGCGGUUACGAUCUGAUGGAGCAGCCAUUCCCAGGCGCCGAAGCGGGGGCGACACACACAGCCCACCCCGGGGCCUGGGCCCCAGCAUAGACACGCCGCCCCGGGCCGCCGCCUGCCCCAGCAGCCCCCACAAAAUCCCCCUCACCCGGGGCAGGAUCGAGAGCCCCGAGAAGCGGAGGAUGGCGACGUUCGGGAGCGCUGGCAGCAUCAACUACUCUGACAAGAAGGCGCUCUCAGAAGGGCACUCCAUGAGGUCGACGUGCGGCUCCACCAGGCACAGCAGCCUGGGGGACCACAAGUCCCUGGAGGCCGAGGCCCUGGCAGAAGACAUAGAGAAGACCAUGAGCACGGCUCUGCACGAGUUGCGGGAACUCGAGAGGCAGAACACGGUCAAGCAGGCGCCAGACGUGGUGCUGGACACCCUGGAGCCCCUGAAGAACCCGCCCGGCCCGGUCAGCUCGGAGCCCGCCAGCCCAUUGCACACCAUCGUCAUCCGCGACCCCGACGCCGCCGUGCGCCGCGGCUGCAGCUCCUCCGCCGAGAUGAUGACCACCUUCAAGCCCGCGCUGUCCGCCCGCCUGGCCGGCGCCCAGCUGCGCCCGCCCCCCGUGCGGCCCGUGCGGCCCACGGUCCAGCACCGGUCCAGCAGCAGCAGCAGCUCAGGGGUGGGCAGCCCGGCCGUGACGCCCACCGAGAAGAUGUUCCCCAACAGCUCAGCGGACAAGUCGGGCACCAUGUGACCCGCAGGCUGGGGUGGCGCUGCCCUGGCCGCUGGGGCGCACCGUGGCCGUGGCCGGGGGCCUCUGUGACUUCCACACCCUUCCCAGUGCUCCUGGCCUCACCGGGCGGGGCCAGAGGUCAGCCUGAAAGAAUGUCCGUGCAGAGCUGAGGCCUAGCGCGGGCAGCAGCUCCAUCCAGCUCGCGGGUGUGACGUGACGGAGGCCAGAGGAGCAGGAGCUGGAGCUGGAGCAGGCGCGGGAGCAGAGCAGCCCCAGCUAGAGCGUGUCCUGUGGUUGUGGCAACAUGGUCAAUGGCUUCGCCGGCAUAUCGUCACUGGAAAACGAUUCUCUCUACAUACAUAAAUAUGUGUGUAUGUAUGUAUAUGUGUGCAUAUAUACACAUACAUAUGUAUGUAUGUGUCUGUAGGUGUGUGUACAUAUAUAUAUUUAUGCAUCUAUAUACAUAUACUAGAUCGGGACACAUACUAAAUGUAUAUAGGAUCUCCUUUUUCUUUUUACGAAACUUAGAUUUACCUCAGACCCAUGCCACCAAACAUCUCCCGCUGUUAUUUGGUGGGAUUUGCAGGGACUUUUCUGGGAGAACUUAGAGGCCCACAGUAACUUCGAAUGAAGCAAUAUACCACUAAGCUGCAGAAAAACAAACACAGUCUCCCACCGUCUCCAGAAGUUGUGGCCUUCCAGAACAGUCUGCCCCUACAUGAAGGGUGGGGCAGGCAGUCCCCACGCAGGCUGCUCCUAGAGGUGGGGAACCCCCCAGUCCUACCCAGAGACCCUGCCUUUCCACCUGAAGGCCAAGGACCAACUGUCCCCCCAAAGGCACGGGAGGACGUUGGCAGGAAGACCCCUGACCACGGCAUCCGCGUGUUUGUAUGUAGAAAAGGGGGUAGUGAGAACCUAAGCCCCAUCGUAGCACAGUAUUAUGUGUGGUUGGGAAAAGGGGAAAAAAAUAAUAAAACCACAGUGGUAUGGAACACUUCAAAACCUAGAAACGCCGUAGGAAUAUUUCUGGUAACUAUAGAGGUUUAACUUAUACAAUUUUCAAAGUAUUUAAUUUUUUUCCUUUCCUCUUUCUACUAAUUAUACUGUGUCAGAUGUGGAACUAAACAGGCAAGGAGGUUCUGAGUCACAUCGUUUUCAUUAAAAAUCAGGCCAUGACGCACUUUGGCUGGUGCCUCUUGCACGAAGUGCAUGAACCGUAAGUGCCCAGGGCCAGGGAGGGGCGGUCCUUGGCACUUCCUGUCCCAGAGGAUGCUUCGGUUGAGUUUAUGCAAGUGAAAUAGCUUCCCUCUCGCCCUUCCCUUCCCCUUCCCCUGCCUUCUCCAGAGCAUUUAAUGUAAGUGAAAACAUGGUGAAAGAAUUGGGGGUGUGAUCAUCAAGUACAUGAGCAGGGCUUUCACCUCUUGGCUGGGAAAGGGCCUCUGGAUCACCCUCGUUCCAUUCUCUUUUGCUUCCUCUUUGCAUCUCCUGGUUUUCCAGAGAUGGCGGUUAAUGGCUAAUGGAACACAGAUGAGUUAGAUUCCAACGGGACCACUUUUAUUCACCACCUUCAUGCCAAGCCAAGGGUUUCCUCCCUGUUCUUCUCGCGCUUCAUCUCUUUCUCAAGGCCUCUGAGCAUGCCCAUGGCUGUGGUUUGGAAUAAAAAGUCCUGUGUGUCCCAGCGCCCACCACUUGGGAGCUGUGGGACUCUGGCAUGUCCCUGCACCUCACUGAGUCUCAGUUUCCUGCUCCGUAAAAUGAAGAUAAUAAGGAUGGAAUGUAAACGAGUUAGCUGUUUAGAAAGCACUGUGCCAACACGAUUAUUCUUUUUAUUGUCAUUAGUAAGGUAGGUCUUUUAGCCUAAAAACCAUCCGAGACCUUUUUGAAACCUCCUAAUGGCUUUUGAGAGUAGGCAGUGGAAUUUUCCUACCAGCUUCAUAAGAUCCCCAAGCACAGCCCUACAGAUAUAUCACCUACAAACACUCGAAAUUCCAUCGAUAUCAUUUCACCCCAUUAGGUGAAUUUUGCCUUGUCCUCUGGUCUUCCACAAUAAGGUGACCCCCAGAGGGAGGGACCCAUUGAGUCACUAAUCCUUGGGUGUGUGGGAGUGGCAAGCCCUUCUGCCUCACCUGAGGAUUGACACUGAGAGCACACAGUGGAAGGAAGAAGCAAGCAAGGCUCCAGAAAGAAUGGCACAGAGAGGCAAUCACAAGCUUGACCUUCCUUGUUUUGCCUAGAACCAACUGUUCUCUUAGCUCCUGGAAAUGAAAGCACCUCAGAGCAAGCACCUCUGUGGGCAGUAAGAAAAUAUCCCCAUUGUACAGCUUAGAAAAGAAAGCCAUUCUCAUAAUUUAAUGGGUGUCUGAGAGCAGGGAUCAUGUCAGGCGCAGAAGUCAUUUAUUUGCAAGGAUGCUAUCCUGUCCAGCCAGGGUACAAGAUAUCCCAUUCCUACCCCACAGAUACUGCCAGACCUUAAAUGUAGUUGCCUCCUGAGAAAAAUGUAGCAUUCUCUGCCAGGACUACCAGACGUAAAGAGAAAAUUUGAGUUGACACACCUGGUGCCUGAUCUACAUAACACCAGUCCAACCAUGUGGCUUUUCCUCUGAAUUGACUAACUUCAUUUUUCUUUCCUGAGAAUGGACCUGCCUUUUACUGAAUUAUCUGAAGGCAGAGCUGUAGCUGUGUUCUUUAAGCACCUAUUUUUCCAUUGGGAAAAGGCUGAUGAGUUCACAUUUAGAAAAGCUCACACCUCACUCAUCCAGCCCCAAAUCUGAGCCUUGUCGCAGAACCAAAUGGAAAAAUACUUUCCUGCGUCCCCCACCCGCACCCCCCACUUCCUCAUCUGGCACUCUGCAUGUCUCGGUCCCUCCACAGGCACCCAGCCCCACCCACGGUCACUGAGCACUGGCAUUCUCUUCCUGACUCCUGCCUGUGUUAGUCCACUAUAUAUUGCUGUCUUUGCUUAAAUGCUGGAAAGUAACUGUUAAAAUGUGAAAUCGUAAUUUUAAAAAAGACGACAAUUAAAUUAUAGCCAAUGCCACUCACCAAAUCUUUGCACCUAGUAGAUAGUUCAAUGUAAAAAACAAAUAUGAGAAACCUAACUGUACAGUGAGUGUGGGGGAAAUGUAGUAACCUAGUUCGUAGUCCUCAAUAUAACCAAUUGUACAAGGGGAAGUGGUGUUUACCUACUUGUUCAUCACCAUUACUGAAAGCUGUGCUGAUCAGUUUGUCGAUAACGGGCAUUUUUUUUUUAAAUUAUUUUUUGCUUUUCACAGAAUGAUUUCUUAACCUUCGACUUAUCCCGAGGUCAGGCCUUUUGUCUUCAUGUGUAACCGAUGUUCAGUCUAUUUUAGGAAUGAACCAGCAAGAUGUUCAUUUAAAACUGACCAAAGACAAUUCCUUCCUGGUCUAGUUUCCUGGGCCCCGGGGCCCAGUCGCCGCUAAAGACCUUUCUCGGAUAAAAUUGAGAACAAGCCGUGCUUCCUGCCCCACUCUCCCCCUCUCCUUUCCUUUUCCUCUUGAAGAGCUGCUCUGAGCUGUGGGAUUCUAUGAAAAAUUCUUGCCUUUCCUUGUUUUCAGUGCUAACGAUUUCUCACCUUGAAGCGCCUUUGAACCCGGACAGAGCACCAGUGGGAGGGAUACGUAAGCUUGGGCAUUAGACUUGGGAGUCUGUGCUCUGAGGUCACCAGGCCGAGGAGCCGGAGAGAAGUGGAUUCCCAAGGGCUAACAGGUUUCUCUUCAAUGAAGAAACCCGAGUGGGAAGAGACCCAGGGAAAUGGAGCCAACCUUUGGCCACGGCUGGAACCAGCAGUUCAGAGAUCUGCCUUAUAAACCCUUCAGAACUGGUUUGCGAUGCACAGAGGGAGCUGGCGUGGGGAAGGGCCUUGACGCGGGGCUGGCUCCUCUGUUGGAGGCCCUUGGAGUGCCUUGGUGGGUACAUUUCUUCCUCAUUCGGGAAGCAUCAAUGCAAGGGACUUCCUGUGACCCGGUCGUUACUUGGCACUCAGCGCACAUCCUUGGCUGAUGGGAAACCACAAGGACUGACGUCACGGUUCUUCCUCUCGGUCUUCCUAGUCCUCACUUUUCACACAUCCAGAAGGUUUUACACAGGAGCAAAUGCCUCAUUCUCCCGAGAAACCCGGAAAGAGGAGUGGUUGGCUCACAGCCAUGGUGGGCGGGCCCUGUUGGGCUUGGCGGUCGGCAGGGAGGAAAAGGCAGGAAGGGGUGAGCCGAGGUGUUGCUUAGCUGAUUUUCUGCUAUGCAGAGCUAAUGCUGACGUUUCAUGUCAACUUCCCCGGUUCUCUGGGGUUUCCUCUCUCGUGCAGAGAAUUCCCCACAUACCCUAACUGCCAGGGGAGCUGAGCGAAGGGACCUGCUGUCAGGUCGGAGUGCUCCUGGCCUCUCCGAGGUUGAUCUGCCAGUGUCCCGCUGUCCCGUCCUCUGGGACUGGCCGAAUGGCCAGCGCUGCCCCUCGCUGACACCUCCUUUCUGUGUGAACUGUCCCUAACAAAGCUGUUUCUUGGACCAGAACAAGCAGAACGCACUCCGCCUUCCUUAGACCAAGGCUCUGCUGGAGUUCCUGCUGGGCCCUGGCUCCCGGCAGUGUGGCUGUUUACACGGUUUGGCAAUAGGCUUGGUUCUGAUUGCUUCAGAGUGGCUGGUCUAUUUUGUUUCCUUUGGUUUCCCUCCUCCCCAAACUGUGUCAGGAAAAAAAAAAAAAAUUGAAACCACCCUCGGAAAUUGCUGGUUGCUUGUCCCCACGUGAUGAGAAGUGCUGCCCUCUUCCAGAUAUUGUUUCUCUACCUUACAGCCAACGCCCGUCCUAUAGAGUGUCUGAUUGGAUCCUCUGUUGCAUAUUCUGAUGGUGCCUGCUGGUUUGAUGUGGAGCUAUCCUGUGAAAUAAAACAGCUUAACUUUUCUCAAA